AUGUCUUCCGACCCCAAAUACGAUGAACUCCACAAGCAACUGUUCGAAGAAGGAUUGAAGAUGCGAAGAAGUGUAGUUGGCGAUGAGUACGUCAACCGCGCAUUAGAGAACGGAUCGACGGAGUUCUCGCGAGCGGGACAAGAAUUGGUCACCGAGUUUUGCUGGGGAUAUGCUUGGACCAGGCCAGGUCUCACAAAACAGCAGCGAAGCCUCAUCAACAUCGGAAUGCUGAUGGCCCUCAAUCGCGCUCCCGAACUCGCGGUUCACGUCCGAGGGGCCAGGAACAAUGGACUAUCGGAGUUGGAAAUACGCGAAGCCAUUAUUCACGCGACCACCUACUGUGGUGUCCCCGCUGGCGUCGAUGCUAUGAAAACGGCAGAGAAGGUGUUGAAUGAAAUGGCAGAGAAAGGCGAAAUGCCGCGAGAGUUGGGCAACAAGAGUGACAAGGCAUAG